ACAAACCUAACCUACCUACUUUGAUUUACUAAAGUGGUUACAUACUUUUUGUUUCUAAAUUAAAAGGAAGAUUGUUAGCGCCGGCGCAAUAGUGAUUGCCAUGUGUCUUCUGCCUACAAAAUUUGGUGUCGACAAAAUGAAUAUUUUUUAUUAUUAGAAUUACAUAUUGUCUAUACAUUAUAAGUUUGCAUUUAAACAAAAUAUGGAGGAAAAUGUUGCUAUUGCAGCAAUACCUUCUCCGGCAAUAUCUGCUGAAGUAGAAUCUACGCAAAUUAUAGAGGAAGGUCCUAGAGUAUGUCCACUUUGUUCUUCUGAAAUAAGAUUUUUUUUCAUAAAUUUCAAUGAAAAAAUGUUAAUGUGUGAGAAUAUUGAAUGUGAAUUUCCAUUUGGGUAUGAAGACCUACAAUUUGUACGGUUUGAAAAUGAAGAAGACAUGAGUGAUGUCAUAUCCAUAAGAACAAAAAGAACCCACAUUUCACCUGUAGCAACUGGUUCUGUUAUUUCUACAGCUAGCUGGUCUGAAAUAGACAAAAUCAAUAGAGUUUACGAUUCAGAGGACAGUCAGCUGGAACAACGAUCAUAUGAUAUUCCAUCUCAGAAAGAAAAGAGAAAAAAUAAAAAAAAUACAAAAGAUAGUGAAUUUUUAAUUCAGAAACAUGUUGAAGAUAUCAAAGGUUUGAACAUGGAACUAAUGGAGAUAUCUGAGACCAACAAAAUAAUUAAGAAUGAGAGAUGGAUUAAAAAUCUCAUGACAUUGCAAGGAAAGUCAGGUGUAAAGCUUUUAAAACCAGAGGAAUUAAAACAAGUGAAGAAGGACAAUAAGGAUAUUAAAAUAAAUAUUGACACUGGUAACAGCUCUAAUAUAUCAACUAUUCAAAUCCAAAUUGCUGAGACUGAUGUUUAGUAAAUCAAACUGAUGUACCAUCAGUGACUGUGUUCAAUUUACAUAAAAAAAAUUAGAUCUAAAUUGUAAUGAUAAAUUUAAUUUGACAGAUGUUACUGCAACAGUUUGAUGAUGUGUAAAUGAGAUUUUACCUCAAGUUUUGAUAAAAAAAUCGCAAUUCUGCCUUUUUUAUUUUUAUUAUUAUUACCAAUAAUAAUAAAUUAAGAGGGUAGCCUUGUUAUUGUAAUUCAAUUUAAAAAAAUGUGUAAAAAUAUUCAAAGUAUAAUUGGUACAAUCAGUUUCAUGUUUAUUCUAUCUAUUUAGAACUGGCGUUAUUUUUGUAAAGCAAGUGUUAUAGAUAGUCAUAUCUAUACCACUAAACUACUAUAGAAUAUUGUAAAAAGUACCUUAGAAAUGUGAAACACAUUUGAGGUAAUCUUUUACUUUACUGGUAUUUAUUUAAUUAUUAAUUUGAAAUUAUUUCAAAUGUGGAAUAAUGCAUUAUAUAUAGUUCUACUGUCUAGUAAAGGCUUCCUGUGCAAUUUUGUGUUUAAUCUGAUACAGCUCUAAUGCAGGAGAAAUUGACGCGCACAAGAUUAUUUUAUACUUCAUGCUUAAACCUGGCUUAAGUUUUCUCUGUUUAACACAAAAGGAAGUCCUUAACUAGCAAUGGUACAUUUUUGUUUCUUAUCACAAAAAUUAAUAUUUAAGUUAAUUUUAAAAAUUGUAAAUUAUGCUUUCUGUUAAAGUAUAAAUUACUUACUUUUGUAUUGUAAAGAAAAUCAAACUGAAAAUAUGAUUUUUAUUUAUUUUUUUGUUUUUGUAUAAGAAGGAAGAUGAGCUAAAUGUACUUUUAGAUAAUGUAUGAAGAUAGCUUAUUAGCAACAAAACUCGAAAUAUAACAAGCGAUUGUUCACAACAAAAUUAACCAAGAUAUGGGCGAAAACAGCCAUUUUUUAAAUAUUUUUGUUUUGAUGCUUUGUUAUACCUUCAAAAGCGAGUAGAAAAUAAUAGAUAACAAGAGAUAUAACAUUCGUUCUCAUUCCGCACCGUGUGGUAUAUUUGCAGUAUUUGAAAUAGUUAUCGGGUGCUCCAUUUUCUGUCUUCCUUCGAAUUUUGAAUAUUUAAAUAUUUUUUUUCUUGCAAAAAGGAGACAGACCACCAUUUUUGUUUUUUAUUUUUUUUUGUUAUUUAUUUUUUUAAGUUAUGCCCCGCAUGUCAGUGUGGCAAAACCUUUUAGUAUUCUUUUUAAUUAUUAUUAAUAAAUUAUUAAUAAUAAAGUGAUGUGAUAUUAGAGUACUAAAGUACAAACUCAUAAACUACU